AUGACUUGUUGCUUGGGAGAUCCCUUGGAAGCUCUAUAUGGAGGAGGGAUUGUAGUAAAUCCAGAAUUUAACUACAACAUUGAAGGUUGGAAAGCUUUUGGAGAAGGUAAAAUAGAAGAACGAAUAUCGAAGGAAGGAAACAGGUUCAUUGUGGCACGUAGUAGAAAGCAUCCAUCAGACAGUUUAUCACAGAAGGUUCAAGUCGAGGAAGGGAAAAUCUAUAGCUUUUCUGCUUCUGUUCAAGUCAGUCAAGGAAGGGAGAUUGUAGCUGUUGUCUUUAAGUUUCCGAAUGGCGAUGGUGUACGUGGUGGUGAUGUUGUAGCUGAGGAGGGGUGCUGGACCUUGCUAAGAGGUGGCAUAGUAGCAAAUUUCACAAGCCCAGUUGAGAUUCUUUUUGAGAGCAAAACCACAUCAGUGGAAAUAUGGUUGGACAAUGUCUCAUUACAACCUUUCACCAAGGAGGAAUGGAGAUCCAACCAGGACAAGAGCAUCAAUGAGGUACGUAAGAGUAAGGUGAGGUUACAGGUAACUAAGGCAAGUAAAACUCCUCUGAAAGGCACUAGAGUAUCCAUCAAGCAAAUCAAGGCACACUUCCCAUUUGGAUGUGGCAUGAACCAUUAUAUCCUCACAAACCCUGAUUACCAGAAUUGGUUUGCAUCAAGAUUUAAGUGGACCACUUUCACAAAUGAGAUGAAGUGGUACAGCACCGAGAAAAUACAAGGCCUAGAAAACUAUACUAUUGCAGAUAACAUGGUAAAAUUUGCCCAACAGAAUGGGAUUUCUAUUAGAGGCCACAACGUAUUCUGGGACGAUCCGAAGUACCAGCCUGACUGGGUUAAAUCCCUUUCCCCCGAGGAACUACGAACAGCAGCAGCAAAGAGAAUCAAUUCUGUGGUUUGUAGAUACAGAGGACAACUAAUUGCUUGGGAUGUAAUGAAUGAGAAUCUUCAUUUCAGAUUCUUUGAGGAUAACCUUGGUGAAAAUGCUUCUGCAGAAUCCUACUCAAUAGCUCAGCAGCUUGAUCCUGACACAGUUAUGUUCAUGAAUGAGUAUAAUACCAUGGAAUAUAGCGAAGACAAGAAUUCAAGUGCAGCCAACUACAAGAAGAAACUUGAAGAGAUUUUAUCAUAUCCAGGAAAUGCUAAUCUGUCAGCCGGAAUAGGGUUGCAAGGUCACUUUGGUUCUGGUCAGCCAAAUCUUGCUUACAUGAGAUCUGUUUUAGACAUGUUAGGUUCAACAGGAUUACCAAUAUGGCUUACAGAAGUGGAUGUGGGAAAAGGCCCAAAUCAGGCUCAGUAUUUGGAAGAGGUGCUGAGAGAGGGCUAUUCUCAUCCUGCAGUUAAAGGGAUCAUCAUGUUUGUAGGCCCAUUGGCAGCUGGUUUUAAUGUUACCACACUUGCAGAUAAUGACUUUAAAAAUACUCCAUCAGGAGAUGUUGUGGACAAGCUGAUUGAUGAAUGGAACUCUGGGACCCAAGAAAUCACAACAGAUGAUCAAGGAUUUAUAGAACUUUCCCUUUUUCAUGGAGAUUAUGAGAUCACAGCAGAAAACCACAUCACCAAUUCUUCGGCUACUGUAAGCCUUAGUGUUACACAAGCUGAACCACUUGCAAUUGUUCAGGAAGCAAGUGCAGCCAACUACACGAAGAAACUUCAAGAGAUCCUAUCAUAUCCUGGAAAUGCUAAUCUGUCAACCGGAAUAGGGUUGCAAGGUCACUUUGGUUCUAGUCAGCCAAACCUUGCUUACAUGAGAUCGACUUUAGACAUGUUAGGCGAAGUUGCAGAACGUUCGCAAAAUCAGUUCCCGGCUUGUGAUUCAUUUCAUCUGAGCUACAAGAUAGCUGGAUUUGGAAGUUCUGAAGGGAUUUCGAUCUCAGACUCAAAGACGAAGGUUGAAGGAGGCUCAGAAAAGGAAGUUGAUGAGAAAACAGCAGCUGUCUAUUUGCAAGAUGCUAAGGCCCUGGGCAUUAUUCAAACUGCGGUUUCAGAUCAGAUUUUCCCACGAAUAGCUAAUGCUGAAACAGCAAAAAUGGCUUGGGAUCUGUUGUAUGGAGAGUACCACGGUGGUGAUCAGGUAAGGUCUGUAAAACUACAAAAUCUGAGGCGUGAAUUUGAGUAUGCUAGGAUGAGAGAUGAUGAAACCUUAUAUGGCUAUUUGACUAGGCUAAAUGAUUUGAUAAACCAAAUGAAAACAUUUGGUGAGAUUCUGACUAAUGAGAGACUUGUUCAGAAAAUGUUGAUUAGUCUUAGCAAGCCAUAUGACCCUAUUUGUCUGGUUAUUGAAAAUACCAAAAGUUUGGAGACUGUGGAAUUGCAAGAAGUUGUAGCUAUUUUGAAAAGUCAAGAACAAAGCAAAGCAAGAAUCAUUCUAAGUCUCAAAAGAAUUGGAAUCCUAAGGGAAAACCAUGGGAAUCGAAAAGAAAGCCUCAACAGAACAACUAUACAUCAAAUCACAGUUUUGGUUCACCAUAACAGACAACUCAAGAUGCUGUUAAACCACAGUGCAAGGGAAUGCACCUUAGGUAAGGCUACUCAAAAGGCCAACUGUGUCAAUCAAACUGAGAUGAUUGGAAACCUAUUCUUUGCUAAUAGUGUCAUUUCUGAUGUGAAAAUAAAUGGAAACUGGUAUAUUGACAGUGGCUGUAGCAACCACAUGACUGGGAGCAUAGGCUCUCUAGUGAUUAAGACUAGUGCUGGCAAGAAAUACAUUAGAGAAGUCAUGUUUCUACCUGGAUUAAAGGAGAAUUUGUUGAGCGUUGGUUAA